CCCUCACACACCAACACAGGAGAGGGAGUCCGAGUCCAACGUGAGACGAUGCAGGAAACAUUAUUCGCCCAAAAACUCGCUGACAAUGAAAAGAAAAAUAGAGAUAGAGCCAUUAAAACGCUUAGGAAAUAUUUCGCUGCGAAAUCUACCGCGAAAAAAAGAGGAUUCUCUCAUGAUGAGAUGAUGAAAAUAUGGAAAGGUCUAUUCUACUGUAUGUAUAUGGCAGACAAACCACUCAUUCAGGAGGACCUGGCGGAAAGUAUAAGUGCACUGAUACACAGGUUUGGAAAUGUCGAGGACCGCCAAAAUUUUGCGAAGUGUGCAUUCCUUACGCUGGCCCGCGAGUGGAAUAAUAUUGACAUAUUCCGUAUGGAUAAAUUCAUGAUGUUUGUAAGGCGAAUCCUAAGACAAAUACUGGUGCAACUUAAUUUAUGCAACUGGAAUAUAAACCGUGUCUCAGAGAUCGCAAAUAUCAUUGAGACAACAAUUCUUGUGCCAGAUGACCACAAACACAUCACACCUCUAGGGCUGAAAUUGCAUCUAUCAGACAUCAUUUUGGAGGAGCUGGCUAAGAUUGGUCGAGAAGAUAUCAGAAAUAAGGCUUUACUUGAAAUUUUAAAGCCUUUUUUGAAGGUCUUAGCCCUUACCAAGGAUAAGCGUUACUUUGAGAGGGUGUCAGAAAGAAUCAUCCGCCAACUUAUGCGUCAGAGUGAUGAAGGAAUAGAAUAUGAAGCAAGUGAUAAUGAAGAUGCUGAUGAUGAUAGUGAAACAGGGUAUGAAAGUGACCUGGCAGAGGAGGAGAAUGACAAAGAACAGAGAGAAGAUGGGCCCCAGAUGGAAGAGGAAGAAGAGGAACCAGAUGAGGAGGAUGAUGAGGAUGUAGCGCUCGACCCAAGGGCAGGGGACGUGGAUGUGCUUCUACCGCAGCUUCAGGUUGACUAUGGUGAGAUAUAUAGAGUGAGAUAUUCAUCUUGCUAAUUUUUCCUUAGUUCC